AUGUUCCGCUUCCACAAGACCCUCGACAUCGUCACCCUCUUCCACAAAGCGAGCUCCCCCGCCUCCGUGAGGGUUGCCAACAUCCUCAAGCAGGUGUCGGCGAAUGCCGCGUCCGGUGCCACCGAAGAUCAAGCAAGCGAUCACAGCGUCCAGACGAACCCCAAGAAGUCGCGCGCCGAGUUCGAGCUCAACAUUACCGAGGACCCGCCUACUGCCGACCAGGUCCAGACCAUCUUGGAGUACGUCGGGAAGAACAGGAUCUCGUCCAUCAUUAAGGGCGCGUCGACCGAACAGGAGGCGAUGAGGAAGUUCCAGCAGAACUCCGAGUCCUUCCAGAGACCCGUGACGGUGGACUGGAACAAUGGCAAGGCUGUUGCUGGCGACAGCGAAUCUGAGAUUCUCAAGAUGCUCAAUGCUUUGAACGGCGAGAAGAGCUGA